AUGGCGGAGCAAAGUGACAACCUCACGGAGCUGCUGGCCAGACUGGCCAGGGGAGAAAUGGAUGAGGCUGUUAAGGCCAUCCAAGCAAGAAACCGAGACCUCUUGUGGCAUCAACUGCCGGAGAGGAUUGUGCUUCUACGGCACGGUCAAAGCGAGGGAAACGUGGAUCAUCUGCUUUACACGUCGAAGGGCGACUCCAGGCUUGAGCUGACCAAGCGUGGAAUCCGCCAGGCAAGGGAAGCUGGAAAGCGCUUGAAGGAGCUCUCCCCAAAGCACGGAAAGGUCAUUAUUUGCACCUCGCCCUUCGAGAGGACAACGCAGACACUUCUUGCCCUGUACGCUGGUGGUUUCAACCAGGAGAACGUGGAAUGUGUCCAUGUGGACCCGCAGAUUCGCGAGCAGGAGUUCGGAAAUUUUCAGGAUCCUGGCUUGACCUCCAAGGUGCGGGCAGAGGAGCAGAGAGUGGGGAGAUUCUACUACAGGCGCCCAAAUGCCGAAAGCUCCGCGGAUGUCUUCGACAGAGUUACGCAGUUUUGGGACAAGCUCUUCGAAGACAACGGCAAGGGCUUGCUGACAGAUCCCAGUGUGAAAUAUGACAUGUGCCUAAUGGUCACACAUGGCUUGACCAUCCGACUGAUGCUCAUGUGCCUCUUCAAGUGGUCGGUGGAGACUUUCGCUUCUGUAUGGAACCUGGGCAACUGUGAGCACAUCACACUGAAGAAGAAUGCCGCGGAGCACAAGUACGAGAUUUGCAUUGAAGAGUCCUACCCACAGCGGCUCCCCUGGGCUACUCGGGAAGCCUGGAUCGUUUUCAACACAAAGAAUGCGCCCGAGGAGAUGCUGGAGAGGUUGGGGGCGCUUCAGGAAGCCCGGGACGCGCUGUGCGACGAGGGGGUCCGGGAGGAGGCGUUGCGGAUCGACAAGGCCCUGGAUUCCCUGGAGAACAAAAUCCUCCGCGUGCGCUCCGAGCCUUACACUGUCAUUGACUACCUCGCCAUUCCCCAGCCGCGAACAACACAAAAAGAGGAGGUCUUGUCAAGGCUGGUUCCCGGGCACGGUCAUGGCCACAAGUCGCCAGAGGAGAUGCAUCGGCUGGUGUCCGCACCAGAUGAGGACGACAUCGAGUUCAUCGACUGGUGGGGCGACAACUUAAGCUAUCAGGGCAAGAUGCUUCGGCUGAACAGAGUGAGCACGAUCCAUUCAACGCGCUCCAUGCGCUCCACAAGCCCAAGCAGAAAUCCCAGUCAAUGCCAGGCAGGGGGGGGAGAGUCGAGCGCGGAGGCAGACGAUCCAAAUGAUCUGUGA